AAACGUUUAAAUUCCAAAACAAAACCACUACAAGCGAAUAGAAAAAUUAUAACAACUUAACAGUUGAUAACAUAACCUAGUUGGGUAAGAUUGGGAUCUGUUACAGACACCCUUGUACUAACAAAUAAAUAUAUAAAUUAAUAAUAUAAUAUUAGUAUAAAAUAAUAAUGACUCUAGGGCAAAAGUUUCAAGAAUUCUUUUAUUCGUUGACAACCAACGAUAAAUAUUCCGAUUAUGAUUCUAGUAAAUCUUUUAAUAGAGUUAAUAAACCAGAUUCUGAAAAUAAUCUUUUAUAUUCUCAUCAUAAUCAAUCAGUUCAAGCAUUAAUUGUAGAUGAUAAUGAUUUAGAUGGUAAUUUUUAUAAUAAAUCUACAUUAGAAGGAGUUCAUGAAGUUAAAUUAGCUUGGAGACAUAUAAAAAAUUGGUUAGAUAAAAAUUCACCUGAUCUUGCAAAGACUUUACAAGAUAAAUGUACAAAUUCUGAUUUAAAUGAUUUUCAAAAAGAUUUAAAAAUUAAAUUACCUCAAAGUGUUAUUGAAUUUUUUAAAUUAACUGAUGGUCAAUCAACUAUUGGAAAUAAUGAUAAUGAUAUUAGUGGAUUAAUUUUUGGAUUAAAAUUAAUGACUUUAGAUGAAAUUGUUGGUGUAACUGAAAAUUGGAGAAAAGUUGCAGAAAUAUUACAUAAUGAAUUAAGUCAAUUAAAGCAAUCUAAUAAAUUAAAUGAAUUAUCAAAAUUGAAAUUAACUCAUGCUAAUGAUAAUCAAAUAUCUAAAAAAUUAAGUGGUAGUGAAACUGAAACUUCAUCUACAAAGACUUCAAUAGAUAUAGUUGAUUCAUUAUCAGCAACUUCAAGUACAACUAUUACUAGUUCUGGUAAUAAUAAAUCAUCUAUAGUAUCUCAACAACAAAGAUGUAUACCGCCAGGAUCAAUUCAUGAAACUUUUGCUCAUCCAAUGUGGAUUCCAUUAAUUACUGAUGAAGUUGGAAAUUAUAUUGGAAUUGAUUUAUCACCUCCUCCAAAUGGAUCAGGAAAUUGGGGUCAAGUUAUAUUAUUUGGAAGAGAAUUUGAUUUUAAAUUUAAAAUUGCUGAUAAUUGGGGAGAUUUCUUAUUAAUUUUUGCUAAUGAUUUAGAAAGUGGGAAUUGGGAUUUAAAAUAUAAUAAAAGAAAUAAUGAUAGUGAUUUAUUUGUUGGUGAAGAAGGUGAUUUAGUAUUUAUUGAUAAAUUUAGUAAAAGAGAAAUUCCUUAUUUUGAUGUUUUAAAGGCAAGAACUGUUAAGAAAUGGACUUGUUCAUUACAAAAUUCUGAUGAUAUACCUUUAUCAAAGGAAGUUUCUAAUUUAAUAAAUGAAUUGAAUUUAACUAAUGGAUCUAUUUUAAAUUUAUCAAGUAAUUAUAAUUCAAUUGAUUCAUUUAUUAAUGAUAAUUUGACUGUAAUUGAUGAAAUUGAUGAAAAUUUAAAUAAAAAUAAGUCAACCCCUACUCCUCCUUCAAAAUCUCCAAUUAAAUCCAAUAUAUUAAAAUCAAAAAGUAUUAAUUCUACUAAACCAUCUAGAAGAAGUCCAUUAGUUAAUCAACUUGAGUUGGAAGAUGAUGAUGAAGAUGAAGAUGAUAAUAUUGAAAAUGAUGAAGAUAUCGUUGAUGAUGAUCAUUUUGUAAAUGAAAAUACCAUUCCGACAUUAGCUAACAUUCAAAAGUUUGCUGAUAGAGAUGUGUAAUUGGGUUGGAAUUUAUUGGGUAUUAUUUAGUUCUUCUG